UCUACAAAGAAUUUAAAUAUACAUAAACAAUGCCUUUUCUUAUGCCUACGCUCACCUAUAUAUAUAUGAUAACUGCACUCACAUUCAAGCAUUAUAAAAAAAAAUAGUUGUAGACUGCACUAAGCAUUAUCAUGCUCAUGAUCACGAUUCAUUAUCAUUGCCAUUAUCAGUUAGCAAAGCAAAAGUUUGUUUUUGUUUUUAUCAACGUCAUCACUUAAAAAACACUAAACUGACUGUAACUGUAACUUUUCCAUUGCUAUUCAAAGCGCACAACAGAAUACUAAAUAUUGAACUGAACAGUGUUGCAAAGUGCAUUAAAAAAUGCGCACAAGUUACGCAAGCGGCGCAAUCAAUCAAUUGUUCAAAUAUAAGCCCGAAGUUACUUAAACUCAAAAGCAACAAAGCAAAUAAAUCUGCAGCAACAUUUUUAGUGUGUGCUAAACAGUGUUGAAAAACGUUAGUCAUGUCUUCGGAUACGAAUUCUUGCGCCAGCUUCUUUGCCCAGGAGCAUGCGAAUGCAACUUUGUCGCAAUAUUUUCAGCAGCUCAAUUCGCAAGUUGCUGCUGCCGCCGCAGCCAACAACAACAGCAGCAGCAAUGCUAGCAACAGCAGCAAUAACAACAACAGCAGCGCCAGCAGCAGCAGCAGCAGUGGCAGCAGCAGCAAUGGCAACAACAGCAGCGGUGGCGGCGGCGGCGGUGGCGGCGCCAACAGCGACAGCGGCAAUGAUGGCAGCUUGACUGGAUCACAUGAUAAUCAUCGCAGCAGCGUUAGCAGCAAUGAUUCAGCCAAAAGCAGCGGCUCUGCUACGCCAGCACCAACAGCCAACAGCUGGAGCUUGCAACAGCAACAACAACAACAGCAGCAGCAGCAACAAACUGCAGCGCUGCAUCAUCAUCAUCAGCAACAGCAGCAGCAGCAGCAUGCACAGCAGCAGCAUCUGCAGCAGCAGCAUGCACAUCAGCAACAUGUAGCUGCACAACAGCAAUUGCAGCAGCAGCAGCAACACUCACAUCACGCACAACAACAUGCACAGCAGCAGCAACAUCAUCAACAUCAGCAGCACAUGCAUGCGCAGCAACAGCAACAAGCACAGCAGCAACAUAUGCAUCAACAGCAGCAACAACAGCAGCAGCAACAUCAUGCAGCGCAGCUUGCACACAAUUUAUCCGCAGCAGCGGCAGCAGCAGCUGCCAGCAACAGCAGCAGCAGCAACAACAACACCAACACUCAUUCCAUCUUUGGCACCGGCAACUUCCACUACAAAACCAACAACUCAUGGACGCUGCCAACGCUUGGCUACCAGCGCAUCUAUCAGGACAACCCGCAUUAUCAUCAGCGUCAGAGUUUUAUGGAUAGUCAAGGCGCUGCCAAUGCUGCGGCGGCGGCGGCAGCGGCUGCCAGCAACAACAGCAGCAGCAGCAGCAGCAACAAUAGUAACAGCAACAGCAGCAGCAAUGUGUCCUCAGUGCAACAUGUGGCAAAUGCUGUAGCUGCUGCUGUUAUAGCCAAUGAGCAUCAAAAUCAUUUAAACAGCCUCAAAGCGCGCAACCCACCAACCAGCUCAGGCAGGAAAUCUCCAUUUUUGGGUUUCAUUUGCAAAGCAAACGGCAAAUCCACAUCGAAUAGCAAAGAAAUUAUAUGCCCCGAUGACAAAUACAAGGAGGAGGGCGACAUUUGGAAUGUUGAGGCGCAAACGGCAUUUCUCGGUCCCAAUUUGUGGGACAAGACCUUGCCCUACGAUGCUGACCUCAAGGUAACACAAUAUGCGGACUUGGAUGAAUUCUUGUCGGAGAAUAAUAUACCCGAUGGCUUGCCCGGCACUCAUUUGGGACACUCAAGUGGUCUGGGCCAUCGCUCCGAUUCGCUGAGUCAUGCAGCGGGUCUGUCACUAGGACUCGGGCAUAUAACAACAAAGCGCGAGCGAUCGCCAUCGCCAUCGGAUUGCAUUAGUCCCGAUACGCUAAAUCCGCCAUCGCCGGCCGAAUCAACAUUUUCAUUCGCAUCAUCGGGGCGUGACUUUGAUCCGCGCACCCGAGCCUUCUCCGAUGAAGAGCUCAAACCGCAGCCGAUGAUUAAAAAGUCACGCAAACAAUUUGUUCCAGAUGAGCUCAAGGACGACAAGUACUGGGCGCGCCGACGAAAGAAUAACAUAGCGGCCAAGCGAUCCCGUGAUGCGCGCCGCCAAAAGGAGAAUCAGAUUGCAAUGCGUGCACGCUACUUGGAAAAGGAAAACGCAACACUACAUCAGGAGGUUGAGCAGCUUAAACAGGAGAACAUGGACUUGCGUGCGCGUCUAUCGAAAUUCCAGGAUGUGUAAUGAAAAUAUAUAUAAAAGUGACUUGGCGAUACCACAACAACAAUUAUAUUAUAAUAUAUUAAUAAUAAUUUACAUAACGAUAACUUUUAGUAAACAGACA